AUGUCAGCGGGAGGGACAUCGACCUAUGAGUAUGAAUAUGAGAACGAAUAUGAGAACGAAUAUGAGAACGAAUAUGAGAACGAAUAUGAGAACGAAUAUGAGAACGAAUAUGAGAACGAAUAUGAGAACCAAUAUGAGAACGAAUAUGAGAACGAAUAUGAGAACGAAUAUCAGAUUCAGAACGAAUAUGAGAACGAAUAUGAGAACGAAAAUGAGAACGAUUAUGAGAACGCUUUUCUACGAAAAAUAAUUACCUUCUGUGCGAAGGAUGUUGUUGACAAUUGGGGAGACAAACACUGA